AUGCGUUCAACACGUAAGUGGGAAUCAGAUAAGACUGGCAAAGGUUUCGUAAAUUUCCUUAUAAAUAGUCUCCCGUUUGAAGCCCAUGUUCCAAAAUAUCAGUAUUGUGGACCUGGUACGAAAUUAAAAAAGAGGUUAGAUCGUGGCGAUAAAGGAAUAAACCCAUUGGAUACUGCAUGUCGUGAUCACGAUAUUGUGUAUGAAACUAGCAAAAAUUUAGAAGAUAGACAUAACGCUGAUAAGGUGUUAGAACUCCGUGCUUGGGAAAGAUUUAAAGCAAAAGAUACACCUAGAAAAGAGAAAAUUGUAGCGUACGCAGUAGCUAACACAAUGAAAGCUAAAAGAAAAAUAGGUAUGGGCUGUAAAGGUAAACGGGGACGUGUUAAUAAAAUAAAAAAUGGGACACGAGCUGCGAUAAAAAAAAAAAAGGUUAAGAAAAAUUAUAGAGGUAAAAGAAUGAUUCUAGCACCGCGGGUCAGACAGGUGGUGCAAUUCCCUUAA